AUGGUAUUGUCAAAGACGGAGGGCGUUUCAGUUCCCGACAAGACUGAGGACACCAAGUCUCUUGGAGCUCUUGAAGACGUGGUCCAUCUGGAGGGCAAAAUGUCCCGAGACGAUGUCCAGAAGGGCAUGGACCACAGUCGAGUUGACCCAGAAGUCGCAAAAUACGCUUUUGAAAGGGCUGUAGAGAUAAGCGAAGCUGAGGAUAAACGACUUAGGGGCUUGAUUAACAAGAGAGUUCUUUCUAUCAUGAUCGGCACAUACUUUCUCCAAGCCCUCGACAAGGGAACUAUCUCUUUCGUCGCUGUCAUGGGUAUUCGUGACGACCUGCACCUGGUCGGACAGCAGUACAGCUGGCUGACAACAUGUAUCUACCUUGCCAUCGUGGUUGUCGAGUUUCCUACGAACUGGAUUAUUCAGAGAGCCCCGAUUGCAAAAUAUCUCUCGGCGAACAUCAUUCUCUGGGGCAUCACGCUCGCACUUCACGCCAUAUGCAAGGACUUUGCUGGUAUACUCAUCGCGCGGACCGUCUUGGGGGCUCUAGAGGCAUGUUGCCAGCCCGUAUUUAUCGUGUUGUCAGCGACUUGGUUUAAAAGAGAGGAACAAGCUGCAGUUACGAUCCUUUGGCUUGUCAUGGCUGGUCUCCAGCAGAUUAUUGGUGGCCUAUUGGGGUAUGGGUUCUCUAAUAUCCCCUCCUGGUCGCCCAUCAAAUCUUGGCAAGCUCUGUACACGGCUUAUGGCGCUUUGACUGUUCUGUGGGGGCUGUUUGUUCUCUACUGGAUGCCCGACUCCCAAACGAAGGCCAAGUGCUUCUCCGAGGAAGACAAGGCUCUUAUGAUCGAACGCGUUCGGAAGAAUCAAACCGGUGUACAGAACCGUAUCUUCAGAAGGGAGCAGGUCUGGGAAGCAUUCAAGGAUCCUCAGACUUAUGCCUUCUGCAUUCUUCAGAUCUGCACGACGAUUCCUUCCGGCGGCCUAAGUGCCUUUUCCGCGAUCCUAAUCAACAGCUUCGGUUUUAGUCUUAUUCAAACCCAGCUCUUGGCGAUGGGCCCUGGAGCAGUUCAAAUCAUCGUUAUGAUUUCUUCCAUCUACUUGGAAAGAAAGUUCAAGCAGGUGACGUUGAUCAUGAUUGGUGGUACUCUUCCUGCCAUCGCAGGGACGGUUGUCUUCCUCACUGUGCCUUGGUCCACGGAUACCCGCAUAGGGUUGCUCAUCGCCUACUAUUGCAUCUGGUCGUUUUAUGUUGCCGUCGGACUCCUUCUUUCUCUCAUUUCCCGCAACAUUGCUGGGCAGACGAAAAAGGCAACCGUCAUCGCCACAACCUUUGUAUUUUGGGCAGCGGGCAACUCGGCUGGACCUCAAGUGUUCCGCGCAACUGAUGCACCUCGCUACUUCACGGCUUUUUCAGUGCAGAUGGCUUGUUGGAUUGUGUUGGUUAUUACUCUCCUGGCCUUGCGCACCUACUACGUUUUCCAGAACAAGAAACGCGACCAAAAGAUUGCGGAUGGAAGAGCUGUUGCUGACGACGACUUGGUCCACAGUUUUGAGGAUAUCACGGACAAGGAAAAUGUCAACUUCCGCUACAUUUACUAA